AUGAUUGUAAAAAGCAAGCAGAAGAAGGAUCACCUUGACGACUUGAGAGAAACCUUUGAAACCGUCAGGACAUACCAGAUGAGACUCAAUCCUAAGAAGUGCAUAUUUGGGGUAUCUUCUGGCAAGUUCCUUGGCUUCCUGAUUGACGAAAGGGGCAUUGAAGCAAAUCCGGACAAAGUGCAAGCGGUCAUUGAUAUGACGUCGCCAAGGACGGUUAAAGACGUGCAACGCCUCACUGGGUGUCUCGCCGCCUUGGGACGAUUCUUAUCUAGAGCUGGAGACAAGUGUCACUACUUUUUCAGUACCAUCAAUAAGGGGACCCAGUUUGAGUGGACGUGGAUAGUGCAUGUGGACGGCUCUGCUACUCAGAACGGGUCAGGAGCCGGCAUUAUCUGUGAGUCACCAGAAGGAGAUAUCUAUGAAUAUGCAAUGCGAUUCAACUUUCAGGCGUCAAACAACGAAGCCGAAUACGAAGCCCUGAUAUGUGGAAUUCAGAUGAGCAGAGCUGCAGGGGCAGCAGACGUCCUCGUUUUGUCUGACUCGCAAUUAAUUGUCAGUCAGGUCAAAGGAGAGUAUGAGGCUAAGUACGAGGCCAUGAUAAGAUAUUUGGAAAAAGUCCGCCAAGAAGCCCAACAGCUGUCUAACUUUGAAGUAAAACACAUCCCCCGGUCUGAAAACAACAAGGCAGACGCUUUAUCUAAACUGGCAAGCUCAGCAUCCUGCGACACGCCACGUCAUGUAUUCUGGGAGCCGGUCUUGUUGAGAAAUCCUUCUGAAAAGAAUGUCAUCAAAACUCUCGGAGAAAUGCAAACUAAUGCUCUCCCAAAAAGACUAGUCGUUUAA